AUGGGCCUCCAGAUCCCCCGGCUUAUUGCGCAGGCUACCCAUAUGGACAAUAUCCUUUGUAUCAACCUUUCCCUACCGGACCAGCCUUUCCCCCGUACCAAUUUGCUCCUCAAGUGCCAUGGCAACCUGGAAACGAGCCCCCAAACCUCUUUUUGGUACCCCUUGAUGUGGAAGUGGGUGAAGGCCAAUCCUUCUGCCGACACAAGCCAUAUUUUCCCCUGGACUAAGGAGUAUGCCAUCCAGGCUUUGAGCGGCGAGAGCGCAGAGCAGAUUCAGGCAGAGCUCCUCGAUGUCAGGACCUUUCCUAACGCAAAGCGUUCCUUGUGGCAUACCGACCCCGCAACAGAAACUUGGGGAAAGGUGCAAGAGACAUAUGGUAGCGAUCCCAAGAACUUUUAUGAGCAGAGGGCUAAGGCACGAGAGCCAUCUCGACGAGCCCUCGACCAUUGA